UUCCCUUCCUGGUUUUAAUUUUUGAUUUUUUUUGUGGGGGAGACUGGACGCCAUGUUGUGGAAACUAGCAGACAACGUCAAGUACGAAGAGGACUGUGAGGACCGGCAUGAUGGCAGCAGCAAUGGAAACCCUAGAUUGCCCCACCUCUCCGCCGUGAGCCAGCAUUUGUACAGCCCUGCACCACCCCUUUCCCACUCAGGGGCCUCAGAUUUCCAGCCCCCUUACUUUCCACCCCCUUACCAGCCUCUGCCUUACUCCCAGUCCAAUGAUCCUUAUUCACAUCUUGGGGAUCCUUUUUCCAUCAACUCCCUCCAUCAGCCACCACCGCCUCCCAGCCAGCAGCAAACCAGCUGGCCCAGCCGGCAAACCAGCCAAGAUCCUUCCAGUUUGUCCCACCAUGCCCGGUCUGGCCUGGUUCCCCAUCUCCCAGCUCUGGAGAGUGGCUCUGCUGGGGUGAGAAGGGAAACCUACAGGAGAUCUGAGCUGCUCCUGCCCCAUGGACACGGCCUUGAUGCCUCCAGCCUGGCAGAAAACCUUGGACUUCAUGACAUGGCCCAUCAGAUGGAAGAGGUGCAGAAUGUGGAAGAUCAGCAUUUAUUAAUGCAUGACCAGACAGUCAUUAGAAAAGGUCCCAUUUCAUUAACGAAAAACAAUGCAUUAGGUCUCCCUUGCCAGAAGGAUGGACUCAUCGGGGUAGUGAUCAAUCCCAACGAAGUGUUCUGCUCUGUUCCUGGGAGGCUCUCUCUCCUCAGUUCAACAUCUAAAUAUAAAGUGACAGUAGCAGAGGUUCAGAGAAGGCUCUCCCCCCCAGAAUGCCUCAACGCUUCUUUGCUGGGAGGGGUUCUUAGAAGGGCCAAAUCUAAAAACGGUGGCCGAUCACUAAGGGAGAAACUGGACAAAAUUGGUUUGAACCUUCCAGCUGGCAGAAGGAAAGCUGCAAAUGUAACAUUACUGACAUCGCUUGUGGAAGGUGAAGCGGUACACCUUGCCCGGGAUUUUGGCUACGUCUGUGAAACUGAAUUUCCUUCUAAAGCUGUGGCUGAAUACUUGACUCGACCCCAUCUGGGCCGCAAUGAGAUGGCCACCAGGAAGAACAUGCUGCUUGCUGCAAAACAGAUCUGUAAAGAAUUCACCGAGCUCCUCACCCAGGACCGAACCCCUCUUGGUAACACAAGGCCAAGCCCGAUUUUGGACCCUGGCAUCCAAGGCUGCUUGACUCACUUCAGCCUCAUCACGCACGGCUUUGGAAGUGCUGCAAUCUGUGCUGCCAUGACAUCUGUCCAGAACUACCUGAACGAAGCGCUCAAAAUCGCGGACAAAAGCUACAUGAAUGCAGGGGAACAGAGCCCGGCAGAAACCAAUAAAAGCAUUGAGAAGAUGGACAAGCAUCGGAAGUGAGAGACAGACAGACAGACAGACAGCCAGACAGACAGACAGGAGGGAAGCUUCCUAAAGCCGUUCUCACACACAGACUUAAGAUCUUCUUGCCAGGAGGGCAUGUAGAUAUCUGUUACAAUUUGCUUUGAGGUGUGUUUAUUUUUCAAGCGUACAUUUUUGGAUCCUUCAUGAGAUACACAUGUUGGGUUCCCCCCCCCUCUCUUCUUGAAAGCUGCUUCUAUGCAGAAAUUGUGGGACCAAGUACCAGAAGGUAACAUGGGUGCAACUAUCUUUAAACACUAAAAACUGGUGCUAUUUUUUAUUGCAUGGAAGUCUGUUACGUGCUGUUUCUAGAUACCUGGGCAAGAUCCGUCCUUUCCUCUUGGGUACCUUGGCUCGACUGAGACUCAACUCUAAACCGUUAAUCUAGCGUGGGAGUGGGCAAGUGCAAAGGUCCACUGGCCCAUGGGCACCCUCCCUCUGUAGGCUGCACCCCUCCAUCCCAAAAAUAAAUAUUUUUAAAAGGGUGCCCAUAGUGGCUAAAUCUGAAUUUUUGUUCACUUCAUACCUACUACGGAGCAUCCAAAGGGCCAAAUCUAGCUUGCAGGCAAGCUAUUUUCACACCUUUGGGCAAUUCAUAGUCAGUAUGGAUGCUUUUCCUGCCAAACUGAAAUUCUUCAGUGGGCAUUUUACCCUUGUCGCCUUCCUUUAGUGGGCCAUACAUAAAUGAAUAAAAGAAAUAAUUUUAAAAAUCGAAUCUUCUGGAAAAUUUGUGUCCAUAAUGGAUGAAUUUUCCUUUUGGUGGCUCUGUGCCCUUUACGGAGCACUAAAAGGGUCAAACACAUCCUGCAGGCAGGCUAACAUUGACCCUUUGGGCUUUUCAUAGGCAUGACGCAUUCAAACAGAGGCCCUCUUUUGCCUCCUGUACUUCUCCUUUCGUAGGUCACCUCCCCAGAGGCUGGAUAUGAAUGAAUAAUAAAAUAUCUUUUUAAAAAUGUUGUCCAUGGAGAGUAUAUGUAAUGCUUUGGUUACUCUGUAACCACUGCAGAACAAUGAAAGGGUCAAAUUUAGCUUGCAUCCCGUAAUUGCUACGCAUGCCUUUCCCCGGCCGCCUCUGAUUUGUGGGGAUAGAA